CAUGGAAUUCCUAUCUUCCUUCCUUCUUUCUUUCUUUCUGACAGUUUGACAGGAUCAGAAUUUCAGGAUGUUGGCUAUUUUUCACAAGGCGUUUGCUCACCCACCAGAAGAGCUCAACAGUCCUGCUUCGUACAAAGGGUCCAAGAAGCCUAAGCUUCCUGAGGAGACUCUCACAGAGUUUCUUUCUCACCAUCCUGAAAACACUUGCUCUAUGAGCUUUGGUGAGGCUGCUGUGCUUGCUUAUGUCCGCCCUGAGCAACAAUUCUCCGUUCGUCAGAGGUUGUUUUGCGGGCACGAAGACAUAUACUGUCUCUUUCUGGGGAGCUUGAACAAUUUAAAUGUUCUGAAUAAGCAAUAUGGGUUGACAAAGGGCGCCAACGAGGCCAUGUUUGUGAUUGAAGCUUACAAGACUCUUAGAGACAGGGGACCUUACCCUGCAGAUCAAGUGGUGAAGGAUCUUGAUGGCAGCUUUGCCUUUGUUGUCUAUGACAGCAAGGUUGGAAGCGUUUUUGCUGCACUGGGUUCAGAUGGUGGAGUGAAGCUGUACUGGGGAAUUGCAGCAGAUGGGUCUGUGGUUAUCUCUGAUGAUCUCGAAGUCAUAAAAGAGGGGUGUGCCAAAUCCUUUGCUCCCUUUCCAACAGGGUGUAUGUUUCACAGUGAAGGAGGACUGAUGAGCUUUGAGCAUCCAAUGAAUAAGGUGAAGGCGAUGCCAAGGACUGACAGUGAAGGGGCCAUGUGUGGGGCCAACUUCAAGGUUGAUAAAUUCACCAGAGUCAACAGUAUUCCUCGCGUUGGAAGUGAAACCAACUGGAUGGAUUGGGACCAACGCUAAGCUUACUUAUUACUUUACAUUUUCUUUAAUGAGAAGCACACAGCUAGGUCCCACCCCUAUCUCUCCCUCACUUCCCUUCUUAAGUGUUCUGUAGAAUGAUGAGAAGAUAAGCUAAAGUCUUGAGAUGUAAAUUGAAGAAAAAGUUGGUGUUGCCGUCGUACAAUCAUGUCACUCCCUCAAUCUUAUCCUUACGUAACAAAGUGACCCCUUGUUCUAAUAAUGUCAUGUUUCCUUCUGAAUAUCAAACGUUGGAGUAGUCUUUUUUGUACAUUUUGGCCUUGUUGCACCAAUUAAGAAGGAGCUUAUGAUAUAAAAUUAUGUUUGAUUC